AUGGAUCCCUCGAGGGAGGCCGGGCCCCGUUCAGCGAGCGUCUGCCGCGUGGAGGUGUCGGGCGGCGAGGAGAUUUCGACCAGCCUGGUGGUGCCGCUGAGCAAGAGGGCCGUCUUUUCGCGCGUGGUCCUGAGCUACGCCGCCGUGGCCGCCGCCGCGGUCGCCUUAGUCCAGCUGGGCGGCGGCGCGGAAACGCGGGCGGCCCUUGGCCUGCUGGUGAUCGCCAUACCGCGCGUCUUCCUGGGUGGGGCCCUGCUUUUCGAGCAGGCGGCGCCGCUGGAGGUGGACGCAUGGGCAGGGCUGCGUGUGCGCCACACGGCCAUUUUGGGAGAGACCUUCUCGCCGUGGCGCCCCACGGUGGAGGUGGGCUGGGACGAGAUCGAGCGCUGGGAGUUGGUCCCGGCGACCCUGCCCCUGGGGAUCCCCUGCCCGUGGCCUGGGGAGGUCUUGAGGGUGACUCUCAAGCAGCCGCAGGCAUUCGUGGCGCAGCACGGGAGGAUGAGGUUUGGUUGGAAGGCGUUUCGGCACGGGACGCCGCUCGUCGUGUCGGACGCCGUGCUGCAGGGAAGCGUGCGGGAAAUUUCGGAAUUCAUGGCCAAGAUGGGGCCCGGGGACGGGGGCGCACAUGGCGGGCCUCGCGCCUUCCAGGUUGUGCCCCUGCCGGCCAUCCCCUUCGCGGUGGUGGUGCAGUGA